GCAACGAGGGAGAUGCUUGAAACGGCGACUGAGGAGACCGGAUGGUGCAGGUUUGGCGCAAGGUAUGCUGGGAGUUGCAGUCUCGGAGAUUAACUCGGGGAAAGGAGGCCUGGGAGGCCGAGGUCUAGUCCGACGGAGGGGCGGGCGGGGAAGGACCGUGAGAGGCGGAGGCGGAGGCCUCAGCGUCUCCUGCGGGGAAGGGGACGCAGCCCGCCUCUCUCUCUCCCGCACCCCCCUCCAGGAGGACGGAGGAGCCCGGCGGAGGAAGGAAGGAAGCGCCACCUGAGAGCAAGAGGUCCCGGCGUGGUUUCCCGGGAGACGGCGGGGAAAGGCCAGGCGCCUCCGGGGCUGCAGGAGGGAUGAGCCCAGGGGCAUUCCGAAAAAGGUGGUUGCGUGGAGGGCGAUGCGGGGAGUAGGAAACGGGCGGAGACCCCGAGACGGUCCUGGGGGGCGGAGGGUCCUUCGGAUGACCCCGGAAUCGCCAAAGGAACCAGGAGGAAGGAAAUGGAAAUGCCCGGAAUGUGGAAAAACCUUCAAGAGAAACGACCUUCUUAAAAGGCAUCUAAGGAUCCACACAGGAGAGAAACCAUUUAAAUGCACGGAGUGUGCAAAAUCCUUUAAGAGUAAAGACCGUCUUCAAAGCCAUCUAAGGAUCCACAUGGGAGAAAAGAAAUACCAAUGCCCAGAAUGUGGAAAAACCUUCAAGACAAAUGAACAUCUUCAAGGCCACUUAAAAAUCCACUCAGGAGAGAAGGAAUAUCCAUGCCCAGAAUGUGAGAAAUCCUUUAGAACCAAAGACCUUCUUAAAAGCCAUCUAAAAAUCCAUACAGAAGAAAAACCUUAUAAAUGCUUUGAGUGUGGAAAGAGCUUCCGUCACAAGAGCACCCAUGAGAGACAUCAAAGGAUCCACACAGGAGAAAAACCUUAUAAAUGCUUUGAGUGUGGAAAGAGCUUCAGUCAGACAAGCACUCUUUAUACUCAUCUAAUAAUCCACACAGGAGAAAAACCUCAUAAAUGUCUGGAGUGUGGAAAGAGCUUUGGUCAUAGCAGCAGCCUUUAUAAACAUCAAAUAAUCCACACAGGAGAAAAACCUCAUAAAUGCCUGGAGUGUGGAAAGAGCUUCUGUCAAAGGGUAGGUCUUGAGACCCAUCAAAGAAUCCACACAGGAGAAAAACCCUACAAAUGCCUGGAGUGUGGAAUGAGCUUCAGUCAGAAGAGCCAUCUUUAUCCACAUCAAAGGAUCCACUCAGGAGAAAAACCUCAUAAAUGCAUUGAGUGUGAAAAGAGCUUCAGUGAUAGGAGUACCCUUAAUAAACAUCAAAGGAUCCACUCAGGAGAAAAACCUUAUAAAUGCCUGGAGUGUGGAAAGAGCUUCAGUCAGAGGAGCCACCUUUAUAGACAUCAAAGGAUCUACUCAGGAGAAAAACACUUAUAAAUGCCCUGAGUGUGGAAAGAGCUUCAAUAGGGGAAGUUCUCUGUAUAGACAUCAAAUGCUUCACACAAGAGAAAAACCAUAUGGGCCUGGAGUAUGGAAAGAGUUUCUAAGAGAGAGGAAGUCUUUAUAACCAUCAAAAAUCCACAUGGGAGAAACUUUCUACCUUCCCAUAAAGUUCUUCUACCACCUCUCCACAUAAAAUUGGGAUUGAUGAAGCAAUUCGUAAAAU